UUUUUUUCAUUACAUCACCUCUAUUUCUCUUUAAUCUCUCUUUGUUUUCUUUGCACUAUAUUUUUUCCACUCCAACUCUCGUAUGAAAACUUUAUUUUGGAAUGGACAAAGUAUAUAGGAUACAAUGAGAUCGGAGAUACUUGGGACUUGUAUUCGUUAAAACAUAUUAGUUAUCUUUUUCUUAAGUAAACUGACAGGAGGUGAAACACUUGUGCAGUAAUUCUUUUGUUUCAUUUAUUGGUUUGGUCCCCGGUAAAUCGUAGUACCACAACUCGAAAGCAAAGAAAAACUUCAGAUUUGCGCGCCACGACUUUUUUGCCAGCCCGCGAAAACGAAAAUCACACCGCGUGUUUUAAGGCCGGAGAGGCGAACAAUUUCGGCGCGUAUCCGUCUCCGUCCCCAAACUGCACACACCACUCCGUCCAGACCAUCCACAUCCAGCCAAGAACCAAGAGCGCGGCAGCCAUGAGCGCCGCAGGCAGGGACAACCCCGUCUCCCGCAAGCGUCCACUCGUCCCCGCCGAUGCCUUGCCGGCGGCGUGCUCCGGCGGCGGAGGACUUGGGGGAUCGGGCAGUCCCAACGCUAAGCGUCGCCUCUUCGCUGCGGGUUCCGGCAGCCGCUCCGCCGUUGCUGCGGCCGCCGCCGCCGCCGCCGAGGUGGACUGGCUACGUCGUCGACGGCGGCUGAUCCUUCUUGCUGGUGCUAUGUCAUCAGCAGCAGUGUCCUUCAUUGCAGUGAUGAUGAGGCGCAGGAAGUACAGCGCCCAGCAGUUUGCUCGACUCCAUGAGGCCAUUGCUGGGCUUGCAUCUGCUGUUCGUGCUGCCACUGCUCCAGUUGAACCACACCCUGACCUGUACCCCAUUGUGAUGGGCGUCCCUGGCUUCACCAAGGAGCAGCUUCUGGCUGCCCUCUUCUACCUCAACGAGGGCAGACCCCGUGGGGA